AUGGCAGCAGCUCAGCAACAGGGCUUCUACGAGCUCUAUCGUGGCACCAGUAUUGGUAUCGCCUUGGCCGACACUCUGGAUGACUUGAUCAGCAGUCGUCGCAUCGAGCCGCAGCUCGCCAUGCGCAUCAUGUCCAACUUCGACCAGAGUAUUGCUCAGGUCCUGAAUGAGAAGGUCAAGGCGAGAGUGUCGUUCAAGGGUCAUCUUGACGUCUACCGUUUCUGUGACGAAGUCUGGACAUUCGUGAUCAAGGAUGUCAACUUUCGCCUCGACAACUCGCAGACGAUGAAGGCAGAAAAAGUCAAGAUCGUGGCUUGCCAGUCAAAGGAGAAGGUGGGAUGA